UGGCAUGGGUACAAUGCCUUAAAAAAGCAGAUGAGCAGCUUAGCUACUGACCAUGCUGACCACUGUCCAGAAUUGGUUCAAACCAUAAAAAACAGCAAAUGGCUUUCUCUUAUAGAAAAUCUGAACAAAGCACAAUUCCUCAGCACAUUUUGCAGAGCUCAUUUGAUCAAUUAAUCUCUUCUAACUGGUUUGGAUUACAGACAGGAUCAGUACCAGAGGAAAUGAAACAGACUGGUGAGGAACAGGGAAAUAAACCGCGCUGGGCAGCUCUUCUGAUACUCAUGGUGAUAAUACCCACAAUUGGUGGAAACAUCCUUGUUAUUCUGGCUGUUUCACUGGAGAAAAAGUUGCAGUAUGCUACCAAUUAUUUCCUAAUGUCCCUGGCAGUGGCUGAUUUGCUGGUUGGACUGUUUGUGAUGCCGAUUGCCCUCUUGACAAUAAUGUUUGAGGCUAUGUGGCCCCUCCCACUUGUUCUAUGCCCUGCCUGGUUAUUUCUUGACGUUCUUUUUUCUACUGCAUCCAUCAUGCAUCUUUGUGCCAUUUCAGUGGAUCGUUACAUAGCCAUCAAAAAGCCAAUCCAGGCCAAUCAAUGUAACUCACGAGGUACAGCAUUCAUCAAGAUCACAGUGGUGUGGUUAAUUUCAAUUGGCAUUGCCAUUCCGGUCCCUAUUAAAGGGAUAGAAAAUGACGUGAGUAACCCAAACAACAUCACUUGUGGGCUGACAAAGGAUCGUUUCGGCAAUUUCAUGCUCUUUGGCUCACUGGCUUCCUUCUUUACACCCCUGGCAAUCAUGAUUGUCACCUACUUUCUUACUAUCCAUGCUUUACAGAAGAAAGCUUACUUGCUCAAAAACAAGCCACCUCAACGCUUAACAUGGUUGACUGUGUCCACAGUAUUCCGAAAGGAUGAAACACCUUACUCAUCCCCAGAAAAAGUAGCAAUGCUGGAUGGUUCUCAAAAGGACAAAACUCUGCCCAAUGCAAGUGAUGACAUACUUAUGCGAAAAAUGUCCACAGUAGGAAAAAAGUCAGUGCAGACCAUUUCCAAUGAACAGAGAGCAUCAAAGGUUCUAGGGAUAGUGUUUUUCCUCUUUUUGCUUAUGUGGUGCCCCUUUUUUAUUACAAAUGUAACUUUAGUUUUAUGCGAUUCCUGCAACCAGACUACUCUCAAAAUGCUCCUGGAGAUAUUUGUGUGGAUAGGCUAUGUUUCCUCAGGGGUGAAUCCUUUGGUCUACACCCUCUUCAACAAGACAUUUCGGGAUGCAUUUCGCCGAUAUAUCACCUGCAAUUACCGGGCCACAAAAUCAGCAAAAACUCUUAGAAAAUGCUCCAGUAAUAUCUACUUCCGGAAUCCAAUGGCAGAGAACUCUAAGUUUUUCAUGAAACAUGGAAUGCGAAAUGGCAUCAAUCCUGCCAUGUACCAGAGCCCAAUGAGGCUCCGAAGUUCAACCAUUCAGUCUUCAUCAGUCAUUUUACUAGAUACACUUCUCCUCACUGAAAAUGAAGGUGAUAAAACUGAAGAGCAAAUCAGUUAUGUAUAGCAGUAAUGGCCCAGUUUUUAUCUAACCAAUAAGAUGAGUAAGAUGAUAAAGAUGUAAAUAUACCAAGAAUUAUACAAAGAAAAACUUUAUAUGAUGUAUCAAAUCAUCUCUUUAAAUUAAGAAUUAGAUGGUAAGAUUAUCUAAUUUUCUUUAUUUGGGCAAAAUUAUUCCAUGAAAAAAUAAUUUUGUAUAGCUGCAAAUUAAAACAAUCCAGAAUGCUGGUUAAAUGUUAAGAUAUUCAAAUGAAAUAAAAUUAAAUAAAUCAAUAAAUUUCAGACUGAAAAAAAACCCCAACAUCACCAUAAGAAUUUAUCUAGUUCCUAACUGCAUGCAAAGCUAUGCUAAGAAUGAAAUAAAACAAGCAAGGAUUAACCUUGUCUUCAAGGCCUUUUUUAAAAGCAUACGGCAUAACACAGAACAAUAGUGACAGGAACAGAGGACUAAAAAUAAGAGCAUAAAAUAAUGAUCACAACUGAAGGUAAGCUAAGAUUUCCAUUUACGGUGUAGCUUAGUUAAAUGUAGUCACAAUUUUGAAUUGAUCAGGAAACUGUUUUGAUGGAAGGGUAGGGAGGCCAAUAGUUGGAUAUCACAUAAAAUAACAGGAUCUUAGAACUAGAGCUCUUUGUUAAACGGCUGACACCAGACAUCUACUCAGCAGGGAUGGGUCUACUGGAGGAGGAGGAGAAAGCAAAUGAAAUCACUCUUGGGUACCUGAACCUCCUUGUUUCUCAAAGAACGUGUGCAAACUGGAGGCAUUGGUCAUCAAUUCAGGAACUUUAACGACUUCAUAAACUGAGAUCACGGUUGUCCAAGCUUGCCCAAAGACAACUUCUGGUACAAAAUUUUUUAUUCACCCUUUUGUUAUUUCUCUUUGCAUUGCUAAAUCUGGAAUAAAUCCAAUCUGUGCCAUUUA